GUACGAGGAGGGAAGGAAAUCCAACGCCCGGUAUUCCAAAGACCGAGUCCACAACAUGCCGCAAAUGCGUUCCCCCUCUAGCUCUCUUAACCAGCACGACCAUGGCUGCACAUCUGCUCAGCCCCCGGCGUUGAUAGGGGUUUGCAAAACACCUGGCCCCCUGUCCCGCUCCUCGAAUGUUAGAUGACGCGCCCGCCCCGGGAGGACGAUUGGACAAUUUCUCUGUGCAUGUUGGAAAUAUCUGACAAGAGUGGACGUCUAUGUACAUCCUCUGUACCGAGUACACGCACACUCGCCCGAUAUACAGAGAAUUGGGUAUAUUGGUGUUGGCAUGAAGAAUAACAAUUGGUGCCUGGGGAGGCCCCUCGGGCGGUUUCUGCGCGGUUGUCAACAUCGAGGAAGCUACUCCCUACCCUCACUGGACCUUCAAAUGAUGGUUGUUGUCACGAAGGAUUCUGAUAUCCAUCCGAGACGAUUCAAUUGGUACUUGAACCUCCCACAAAUGGGGGCGUAUAUAUCGUGCGAGUCCUCAUUGAGAGGUCUUGGAUUCUCAGGUAGAGGAUUCUCACCUUUCUCCCCGUACCGUUGUCGCUUCUUCACUGCUCAGAUAGCAUCAUUUUGCUCGUCUUCAAGUGUCAACAUGGUUUCCUUCAGCAAACCCCUACCGUCACUCGACCUUGAGUCGACUAUCCGACUGCUGCUCAUUCUCAACAACUCCAUCGCACUCAGUCUCGGCUUUGCCGUGAUGUUUCCGCUUUUCAUCGUCUUAGGUGCAGUGUUGGCUAUAUCCGCACUCUACAACCUCUUCGUCAUUCUGCUCAGAAUCCGUCAGAAACGUCCAAGAUGGAGCGACAACAACCGUGACGGCGACGGCGAGGUCCGGUGCCCAUCUAUUGUCCAGCUGGCGAUUGACACACUUGGUGUUCUUGCGUUCCUGGUCCUAUAUGUCUGCAGCACCAUUGAGACCGCCACCAUUGGAAGCUGGAGAUGGCCCCCAACGAUGCUGAUGGCAUACUCAUCCAUUGGAGCCCUAGUUGCCUUUGUUAUGCACGGCUGGGUGGCUGUCACCAACCUCAACCGAUACAUUCGGUAUCGACAGAGCCUGGGCCCACGGUGCCCGCACUGCCAUCAAGCAAUCAGCAACUUUGUUGGGCCCCAGAUUGCCCUUCCUCCCUCGCCCAUUGAAGGAUGUCAGGGUCCGGCAGCUCCAAGACAAAGCUUCUCUGCGAACUCGGCGGGCGAAAAUGAAGGCGACACGCUGAUCAUGAAGACUUGAGUCGAAAAGAACUGGACGCGGAACUUGAAUGCAGCACCAACUUGAACACCAGUUUCCGCCACCGUGGACGUGUCUCACUGACUGCAAGAGACUGCUGUGGAGGCGUUGAGUGUCACCUUGCUCGCAUCUUCAAGUCGCUUGGAAGGAACGACGAAUAUGUUGUAGGCCAGGUAGUGUAGAUGCGGUCGAAGUACAAUUUUGGAAGGAUUUCAUUCUGGCCAUUUAGCCUCUGCGAACACAUCAGGCCGCCAACACGCGGCGAGGUGAUCGCAAGAGGCCAGUCGCUCAUUCAGGAUCUCUGGGUAGAGAUGUGCCUCACGUGGGAUAGUGGUAUUCGCAGGAUGGGCGGCGAUGUCUGGCACGCUCAUGGGUGAUUAGAAUUCCAGCAGUAACAAUCACAUCGCCUCCUUGAAGCAACCAUGCAAGAGCGGUACAAGUACCUCGUACAUGGCCACGCCGAGAUGCUGACGAUGGGGUGUCAGCUUGAAUCGGUCACGUGCAGGGAGGGAGCGAUUUUUGUCUUAGGGAUUCUCGGGGUCUGCGUUACCGACAAACAGGGCAUCCGUAACCUUUUUCAUCUCCCACCCAAUGUGC